AGGUGUCACUGUUUUGCUUGGUCCAAUCAUGAUUGGUGACUUCAGCUAUUGGCUCAGAGCACUGGCUGUCUGACUCCAUCUGCAGGGCUGUAAUACCUACUCUCCUCCGAUCCAUUCACCACACAACUUCAGCCGGCUCAACAGACUCGCUCGGCUCCAGCACAUCUUGCUAGCCUAAUUCAGAAAACAAGUGCUACAGCUCUGUGCCUGUCGUCUUCGCUCAGUGUAGCAUUUUCAGGUGAUCUAGGAAACAGUUAUUGUUAUGAACAAAUAAGAAAAACAGGAAUCAUGAAGGGGAUGUAUUUUACAGAUCCAGCACUGGAUAAAACUUAAAAGCCAGUUUCUGUUCAACAUAGUGAAAAGGUCACCUUGCCUGGCUGAGAAAAGAAGCAAAAUAUCGGCUUGUUGGUUUCUGUUAACAUCUUAGCUCGGGCUAGCCUCUUUGCCUUGAUGUUCGAACCAGUUUGGGAUAUCUGGCUAUAAAGAGAGACAUACUGUACUCAUGGUAGAUGACAAGGAAAAGAACAUGAAAUGUCUCACCUUCUUCUUGAUGCUUCCAGAGACGGUAAAGAACAGGUCCAAGAAAAGCUCGAAGAAAGCAAAUACCAGCGGCAGCAGCAACAGCAGCAGCAGCAGCAGUAGCAGCAGCAGCAGCAGCAGCAGCAGCAACAGCAGCAGCAAGUUGCCCCCAGUUUGUUAUGAAAUAAUUACUUUAAAGACUAAAAAGAAGAAGAAGAUGGCUGCUGAUAUAUUCCCCCGUAAAAAACCAGCUAACUCCAGCAGCACCACUGUCCAGCAGUACCACCAGCAGAAUCUCAGCAACAACAACCUUAUCCCAGCCCCAAAUUGGCAAGGUCUUUAUCCCACCAUUAGAGAAAGAAAUGCGGUGAUGUUCAAUAAUGAUUUGAUGGCAGAUGUACAUUUUGUGGUUGGGCCACCAGGUGGGACUCAGCGGUUGCCAGGACACAAAUAUGUUUUAGCUGUUGGGAGCUCUGUGUUCCAUGCAAUGUUUUACGGAGAACUUGCUGAGGACAAAGAUGAAAUCCGUAUACCAGAUGUCGAACCUGCUGCUUUUCUCGCUAUGCUGAAAUAUAUUUAUUGUGAUGAAAUCGACUUGGCUGCUGAUACAGUGCUGGCCACACUUUAUGCUGCCAAAAAGUACAUUGUCCCUCACCUUGCCAGAGCCUGUGUUAAUUUCCUGGAGACCAGCCUGAGCGCCAAGAACGCCUGUGUGCUGCUGUCCCAGAGCUGCCUGUUUGAAGAGCCAGACCUGACCCAGCGUUGCUGGGAGGUGAUCGACGCCCAGGCUGAGUUAGCCCUCAAGUCCGAGGGGUUUUGUGAUAUUGACUUUCAGACAUUAGAAAGUAUCCUCCGCAGGGAAACCCUGAAUGCCAAAGAAAUUGUGGUUUUUGAGGCAGCUCUCAACUGGGCUGAAGUAGAAUGCCAGCGACAAGAUCUAGCCCUGAGCAUUGAGAAUAAACGCAAAGUCCUAGGAAAGGCACUUUACUUGAUCCGCAUACCCACAAUGGCCCUUGAUGACUUUGCCAAUGGUGCUGCACAGUCUGGAGUACUAACUCUCAACGAGACCAAUGACAUCUUCCUCUGGUACACUGCAGCCAAAAAGCCCGAGUUGCAGUUUGUGAGUAAAGCCCGCAAGGGACUGGUUCCCCAGCGCUGUCACCGUUUCCAGUCGUGUGCCUAUCGGAGCAAUCAGUGGCGCUACCGGGGUCGCUGUGACAGCAUCCAGUUUGCAGUUGAUAAAAGAGUGUUCAUCGCUGGCUUUGGGCUGUACGGCUCCAGCUGUGGCUCUGCAGAAUACAGUGCCAAGAUUGAACUCAAGCGGCAGGGGGUCGUCCUGGGGCAGAACUUGAGCAAGUACUUCUCGGACGGCUCCAGCAAUACCUUCCCCGUGUGGUUUGAGUACCCAGUGCAGAUAGAGCCAGACACCUUCUACACAGCCAGUGUGAUCCUGGAUGGCAAUGAACUCAGCUACUUUGGACAGGAAGGCAUGACGGAAGUUCAAUGCGGCAAAGUGACUGUCCAGUUUCAGUGCUCCUCAGAUAGCACUAAUGGCACUGGGGUACAGGGAGGGCAGAUCCCCGAACUUAUAUUCUAUGCUUGAAAACUCACUUCCUGAAGCGUGUGAGCUAGAGGUGCACAUUUGGUCCCUACUUGCUUGAGGCUUAUUAGCUCAUCUGCAGAUAUUUGAUCAGUGCAGGUAAUUUGCAGUGAAUGAAGCAGUAGGCAGUUUUCUUUUCUUUUUUUAAAAUUUCUUUUAAAUUUUUAAAUUAUGUAUGAGCAAAAAUGCACCUGCAUCCGCUUUUACCUAGAUGCUUAAAAGAGCCAAGUUACUUAGGCUGUGUAGUUUUUAGAGUUGCUGUAAAAUUUGGGAAGGGGGGUUUCAUGCUCUCUCAAGUGCCCCACUGACCUUCCAGAUUUGUCCCUCUGAAGACAAUUUUGGAUCACCUAGGAUUUCCUUUCAGAUUUUAUUUAAUGAAUAGAGGUAAAUAAUCUAAAAUAAUGACAUCUAGAGUUAUUUUAAAGCAGAACCCUCCCCCUCCAGAAAAAAAAAAAAAAACAGAUAAACCUCAGUGUACAGUUUUAAAAGAUGUUUUCCUUUGUAAGAAGUUGUGAUUUAGAAUGUAGAUGGUAGUCAUGUUUGGCUCUUAUUUUAUUUCUUUUAAAGUUGAUAUUUCGGGAUUUUGUUUUUUAAAAAUUCCUAAAUUCAUAAAAUUGUUUCAUUUUAAACACUUCAAAGGAAAAUAAAGAAUUGGGCGCUAUGACUUCUGCUUCGAGCAGAUUUAGGCUUUGUUUAAAAAACAAAAUAUUGCAAUAUACUUCCUUUAGAAGUAACUAAAUUAUAAAGCUUUAUUAAUAGAAAAAAGUUGUAGGCCUGCUAAUUUAGACUAAAACUAUUUAAAAAGGAAGCCUAAAUAUGUCUCAUACUACAGGAGGUUUAAUUAAUGCCACAUUAGCAUACACAGUUGGAUAAGCCAAACUCUUCUCACCACUUAGCUUCUAAUCCCCUCUGUCUGCUUGUUUUUUGUAAAUUGCACUGUAUAAAGUUCUUCUACCCUUUUUCCCAUUAAAAAGGACCAAACACUUCUUUACAGGGAUGGAGUAACGGUUUUGUAGCACUAUAUGUAAAUGUGAUGAUACUUUUACUCAUUUUUUUUUAUCUGAAAUACACUUUAGCUGAUCUUCUUUGACCAUAUACUAUCUUCUUUAAUCAUUAUAAUUCUGUACUGUUCCUGGACUGCUAGGUGGCCUCUGGCCAUCUGAAAGUGCCAAUAUAUGCCUGCAGGGUUUUGAAAAAAUGAUCUGGAGCGACACACUUGAGUAUAGCUAAUAUUCAUUACAUCAGCAUCACAUCCAGCUUCCUUAUUUGCCCAUAUCAAUGUAAAUAAAGGAAGGAAAAGUGCAUUAAAAAAUUCUCCUUCAGAGAUGGCUUGUGUUGGUUUAGUGCCUGUAACAAUGGAGUGCCCAGUGUGUUCAUUUCCAGUUGAAGUAUCCAUGUGUUUCUGGGCAGAUUGUCUGCUCAGUAUCAUCCUGAGAUGGCUUCCCCCGCCACCCAGAGUGUGGUCCCUGGCCACCUCCUUCUCCUGCUCUGCAAGCCCUAACCUGGCUUGUCUGGAGCCAGGGGUUAGUCUAGGGGUGUGCGUGUAUGUGUGUGUGUGCAUGCGCACCCAUGUGCAUGCAAGCAUGGUCGCCAACUCGGGUUCCUCCCUGCCUGGCUGCUGAGAGUGGGACAGGAAUAGUCCCCCUGCUGGGCCCAGCAAGGCCCAGCAAGGCCCCUGAGUGACUGCCCUUAUUUACUGUGCUUCUGGGCUGCUUUUUCCCCCCUGCAGAUGUGGGCUUGUCGCCUUCGGCCGGCUUCCCUGAUGGAGGAGAACACUGGAUUAGGGGAAAUGUUUUACUCACUUUUGCCGUUACCUGUGUCUGUUAGCAUCUGUUAGCAUAGAUCAGAAGCUGUUACUGGUGAUUAUAGAUGAGUACUCCCAGGACAACUUUCCAAAGUUAUCUAACAGUCAUUUCUUAUUAGGGAAAUUACAGGUAGUAGUUUUGGCAAAGCAUUGAUGAAGAAAAGGGUACAUUUUCAGUGGAAACAAAAAAAAAAAAACCCACUUAUACAAAGGAUUUUGUUUUUAAAUCAUGGUUAAACAUUUCAGUAACUUGUAGCUGCCGAGCAAACUGGUAGACUUGAUUAGAAGGCACUCAGUCUUAAGCCAGAGGAGAAGAGAGUUAAUUUACAUUAAUUUCAUCCUAUCAGGUUGUUGAGUUGGUUGUGAUAGCUGGCCUUAGCGUGAACAUCUUUCUUUCGUUACCACUCACUGUCAGCGCUCCUGCUAGAUGCCCUCCAUGUGCCUAAGAAACUGCUGGGUGAAAGCCGCUUGAGAUCUGUACACUGGGUAUGGAAGAACCUAAUUUGUUUUAUAUUAUUGUUACUUUAAAAAAAAAUGACAUACCCACCAUGUGCAUGGCUACGGCCAAGAGCUGUGGGUAAAAUUGGGAAACUCUUUUUAGAUUAAGAAAAAUUAUAUUUUAAGCCCUAUCCUUCUUUCUGCAUUUUCAGCAAAAUGGAACGAAGGCUAAUGUCUUUGCUUUAUUUUCUUGGAUAAUCUUGAAUUUUGUAGCUUUUGCAGCUAGAAACCAUUGUUCUUACAAGGCAGGCAACUCUAGCGUAUAAACACAACUUUAUUAAACAGAAUACGCUGUAGAUGCUUUUCCCAAUUUAUCUGGCAGUCUUUGUUGUUGUUAAUUCUGGGGAUCAAGGGGAACUAGGCUAGCAGUUCUAUUGUAACAUUCUUUAAGCAUAUUUUAAAAAUAGUAUUUAAGUAAACGGUCUAAUUUCUACAUAAUUAUUGCACUGAACUGUCUGUUGUUUUUUAAGGUGUUUAAGCUCAGCUAAUUCAAGACACUGUAGCCACCUGUGCAUCAGCGUGCUUGAAUUUAGUAGCUUACAGCAUUAUUUAUGAAGGAAAAAUAUAUAAAUAUGAAGUACCUCAUGUUGAAUGUUAUUGUACUGUAUUUUUAAUGUAACAGUGCAGAUCUUGUUAGACACAUGAAUGUGUAUAAUCAUGUUAAAUGCAAAUAAUAAAAUAAAACUGGUUCAUAGACUUGUUUUCCUUAGCAUUUUUGUGGCUCUCUUGACAGUAAAAAGUUAAUUUGGCACAUUUGGUGUCACUCCAUUUUACAGAGAUGGUUUUGCAGAAGCAUUUGUUUGGUGUGUAUUCAGAUAUCUCUGAUCCCUAAAGAAGUAAAAAAUUUGAGGCCAAAACAUAAGAGAACAAUGACUGUGUUAAUCAGUUGCAUUGUUCAAAGCCUAACUGUUAAAUUAAUGAGGGGGAGUGAAUGGAUGCCUUUAUAUUCCUGUUACGGAAUUUGUGGUUGCCUGGCAUUCCGAAGCUAUCCUUGCUCAAAUGUCUGGAUCUCCUUGUACUAAGGGAGCGUCGAUACCGAAUGACAUCU